CACUCGGCAGAAAACUGCGGAAGCGCGACGUGGAUCUAUAAGCAGCUUACAAACAAUUUAUUACACCUGUUGCGCUUCGUUUAUGAGACAUUGAAUCUACAGAGCUGAGCAAAUGUGUUUGGAAGGAAGCGUGUGUCCUCAAAUCUGCUUCUGAAACACAAUGGGAACACGAUCACAAUCACUGCCUCCUUUGGGACACCAGAGAACAAACUACACAGACGACAACAACAGAAUUUAGGCCAUUACAGAGGCAUAUCGACCCCCUGCUGAGUCAGCUUUAGCUUAAAAGUACAAAUAGAUGCAGACAGAAGAGUAAAGGGCUCUGAGGUUUGACUGGAUUACAUUGCUGUGUGUUAUGGGAGAGUGUGUGUUGGACCACUACGAAGAAGAUGGGUUUCAGAGUUGUGAAGGGUUUGACGACUGGGCCACGUUUAGUUCUGCAGACUGGACAGAAACCCAGAAAAAUAACAAUGAGUUUUCAGACUGGGCUGGAUUUCAGGAUAAGACCGGGAAGGAGGAAUUACCAACCACACCUCUGAUGGAAACAGGAACUUUUGACUGUCCUGAAAAUGCUGAUAAUGACGAUGAGGUAAACCCCUGGUUCGUUUUUAACAACUGUUUUCAAGUUGAGGAGGCAGAAAAAGAUCCUGUUGUGAUGGAAAUCCCUACACUGUCCCUGCUGCCAGAACACACCGCAGAUACGCUCUCUCAGUCUGCUGCAAUAACAAGUGAAGCUGCAAGUUUCUGGUGUCAUUUACAGUCUGGGUCAAAAAUGCUGAGAUUGUCAGGUCCCAAACCCAAACUACACUCCCAGGAAGGACUGCUAAAAACACUGCAGCUCAAACAGCCUGAUGCAAACACUCACUCACAGACAAACACUCUUCGAGAUCUUGAACUAGAGGUUCAGGAAGACCGUCCUGGAGCACUUAUUCAAACUAAGCUGAUGCCAUCAUCAAACUGCCGUAAUGCUCCAGGAUUCUUUUAUCAGGUCUCACGUCACUGGCUCAACAUGAACCUGAACAAGCACAACAAUGAUCCUCUGCAGUAAUCAACAUCACACGCACACACAGGAGUCACACUGUUACACUCAAAAGACUGAAUCUCCAGUGAAAAAAACUCAGCCACACAUGAACAUUCUGUCAUCAGUUGCUUAACUCAUUGUGACUGGAUUGAAAUGAGUUAAUAGUAUAAUCAUCAACAUUUCUGAGAAAAUCAUACAGGUUAGAAGUGAGGACUGAAUUUCAUUUUUGAGUCUCUUUACCAAACAACGCAGUCCCUGCUUUCUUUAUAUGCAAACAAGUACAGGUAAGCAAUUUUUACAAAUGAAUAUAGAAAAAAAAUCUGCUACAAACGUACUUGAAAAACACACUGGAUUGUAUCGCUACACACACACAAGCUCAGGAGGGAAAUGUUACUUGACAAAGACACCUUGCCACAAAUAGAACAGAACUAACAAGUGCCUAAUAAUGAGAAAAUGAAGAAGCUGCUGCUGCCUGCGUGCAUGAAUUAUUUUUUGUCAUGAACUGAGAAAUUGAAACUAUGAACGGAAAUGUUUGAAUGUAUUUAGCAUAUUUAUAUUGGAGAUAUUUAAAUACAUUAAUAUACAGAUCAAAUAGUUUGAGUUGUUUGCUUAAAAAAAAAAGAUUAAAUCUCAUCUGUAAUAAAC